AUGCACGCACCUCAUCCGCCCAAGAUCAACACCGCCAUUCGUUCAGCAACAGAUAUACAACCAACCUUCGCAACCAUGGCUGAUGCACAAUUUGACAGCGCGCUCGACCUGCUUCGGCGCCUGAACCCCCGGGACACCAAGACCAACUUGCAAGCCAUCACUACAAUUGUCCCCGAACUCACCGAAGACCUCCUCUCCUCCGUUGACCAGCCCCUGGAGAUUCGCCGCUGCCCGCAGACCAACCGCGACUAUCUGCUCUGUGACUACAACCGCGACGGCGAUAGCUACCGGUCACCAUGGAGCAAUGAGUUUGAUCCUCCGCUUGAGGAUGGUACCGUGCCCAGUGAGCGAGUGCGCAAGCUCGAGGUUGCCGCCAACGAGUCAUUCGAUGUUUACCGCGAGCUGUACUAUGAGGGAGGCGUGGGGAGUGUGUAUUUCUGGGAUUUGGAUGAUGGAUUUGCCGGCGUGAUUCUACUGAAGAAGGGUGUCACCCCGGGUUCUCAGAGCUCCGGCGAAUGGGACAGCAUCCACGUUUUCGAGGCCACCGACCGCGCUCGCAUGUCCCACUACAAACUCACUAGUACCGUUAUCCUCCACCUAGCCAACAAAACUGAGGCUCUUGGUGAUAUGGACCUCAGCGGGAACAUGACUCGCCAGGUGGAGGUCGAUAUGCCUGUGGAGUCGGAUGCUAGCCAUGUCGCCAAUGUAGGCAGGCUGGUGGAGGAUAUGGAGUUGAAGAUGCGAAAUCUCUUGCAGGAGGUUUACUUCGGCAAGGCGAAGGAUGUCGUCGGCGAGCUCCGAAGCUUGGGCCCAUUGUCUGAUGCGAACAGAGACCGGGAAACCCAGCGGGAAAUGAUCAUGUCCAUGCAGAAGUAG